AUGAGUGCGGGAGCUACCCCAAAUGUGCAUAAGCAGCGACGCUGUUGCGUUUUCUCCGGGCUAAUUGCCUGUGGCGUUAGCUGUGGCCGUUCGGGCUUUCGUCAAUCAUGCGGCGCGGCCCCCCGUCAGUUUAUACAGAGACGAAGGCAGGCUCUAUGCGAUGGGCCUCUAUUUUUUGACGCAGCGGCGGGAAAAAGUGGGGGGCCGUGGCGGUGCUGGAGUUCCGUGCCGCGCGACGUGGCGCGCACUGCAUUCACAUUCCAGUGGCAAACCGGCGGGGUGUUCUCAUUUCCCGAUAGGACGCGCGGGAGGACCAUGCUGGGACGAAAGGACGGCGUGGCGCGCGGAAGCCGACCCGCCGCGGCGAAGUUGUACAAUUUUGGAGCCUUCCAGCGCGCCACAAUCUUUUCGCGCCCGCCACCCAGGGCGUGGGGCCCGGCCCGAGAGUGA